UGAACAUUUCUGCUUUGAUUGUUUGCAUUUUUUGAAUUCUUGCUUAAUAAAAAUAUGAAGGCCUGUGCUUACAAAAAUUGUUGUAACUUUAACAAUGUUCAUGUUCCGGGAAGUAGUAGUAGCUUUACAUUGUUUCAGUUCCCUAAAGACGUGGCCAGACGGCGUAAAUGGCUCAAAUUAGCGCAAGUUCCAGAAGCGCUACAAAAUUCAACAGAGGAAUUGUAUCUGUGUUCUGAGCAUUUUGACAAAAAAUUCUUUUCUAUGACUAAUCGCAGAAGAAUGCUCAUAGGUGAAGCCAUACCCUUUCCUGUAACUGAUUAUCAAUCAGUUGAGGAAGAGGAACAGCAUUCCUAUGUAUUAUUCGAAGAUGCACAUAUAGACGAAGACAAUGAGGAGAGCAAAAUAGAUGUUAAUACUGUGGACGAAGAUAAUAUAAUUUUGGAAGCGGUGGAUGAUGAUUGUAAUGUUAUUGAAGUGGAUGUUCUUGAAGAUAUAUCACAAAAAAGGGGUACAAAACGAAAAGAUAUGAGUGGUUACGGAACCCAUAUGAAUAAACGAAGACAUAACGAAGCAGCAGUAGACCGAAAUGACACCAAAUCUAAAAUUAAUAUAAUAUCAGUUGAGACCACUCUUCCGUCAAAGGAAAAAAAUAGUAUUACAACCGCACAGGCAGAUACAGCAUGCUCUCUAAACUCUGAUGUUAAUUCAAUCGACAAACAAAAUGUUGAUACAUUUAUAUUUAAAGGUGAAGAAUAUGUGCAAAUGCGAAAAGAAUAUUAUGUGCAAGAAAAAACGCAACUUAUAGAAAAACUUAAACGUGACAUGCUGAUGUUUCAAAACAACCACAGCGUGGCGGUGCAGACGCAGAAACGGCUUCAAAGAGGAACAGUAAAAAACAACGCAUAUGAACGUCAGAAGCAAGUGGAUGAUCCACCGUCGUUACCCGUUGGUACCGAGGUUAGUGCCAAAUAUAAGGGUGCUUUCUGUGAGGCCAAAGUGAGCAAAGUUGUUCGUAACAUUAAAGUAAAAGUUGCUUAUAAACAUGGGCUUGGCUCGGGUAUUGUGUCCGAUGAUGCUAUUAAAGCAACCCCUGGACAAUUAAGAGUGGGUGCUAUUGUUGAAGUUCGUCAUCCAGAUCGUAAAGAAUAUAUAGAAGCAACUGUUACUAAAAUACAGGACUGUUCGCAAUAUACCGUUGUUUUUGAUGAUGGUGACAUAACAACGUUAAGGCGUACCGCUUUAUGUCUCAAAAGCGGACGGCAUUUUAAUGAAAGUGAGACUUUGGAUCAGUUGCCGUUAACUCAUCCAGAGCAUUUUGGUAAUCCGGUUGUUGGUGGUCGCAGAGGACGUAGACGUGGCCAUACCAAUGAUGAUAGUUCCGAGGAAGAAGAUGAGAGUGAAACCAAAGAGGUUAUCAAUGAGAAGGAAGAGAAUAUUGGUAAGGUUGUAUGUGUCGAAACUGAGUCUAAGAAGAAAGACAAAGAGAAGUGGUUUCCUGGUUUAGUUGUUUCACCAACUGCACAGGCUACCGCACGUAUUCGUGUUAAAGAUGAAUAUUUAGUUCGUUCCUUCAAAGAUGGUCGUUACUAUACUGUACCAAAAAAGGAAGCAACCGAAUUUACACGUGAAGCUGCUGCAAAACAAGAUGGUCCAGCUGUACAAGCUGCAUUGGAGUACCUUGAUAGUAAUGUUUUGCCUGCUCACUGGGAUAGGGAUGCACUUUUUGGUUUAAGUAACUCGACUAGUGAAGAAGAUGAAGAAGUUGAAUCAGAUUCUUCUGACGAUGAACCGCGCGAAGAAAAAGAUCAUUUUGUUGCACAGUUGUACAAGUAUAUGGAUGAUCGUGGAACUCCUCUCAAUAAAGUGCCAUCAAUACAAAGUAAGGAUGUCGAUUUAUAUCGUCUAUUUCGUGCAGUACAAAAACGUGGUGGAUACAAUAGAGUAACGUCACAAAAUCAAUGGAAACCAAUUGCUAUACGUUUAGGUUUUACACCAGUUACUGUUAGUGUAACUAAUUUAGUCAAGCAAGCGUAUAAGAAGUUUUUACAACCCUAUGGAGAAUUUAAUCGAAAACUUGGUUGUUCCAUGCUAAUGACACCACGUAAUUCUAAUCGUAGUAAAGGACGUAGUUUAGUGCGUGCCAGUUCUGUUGCAUCACCCAAACCGGCUGAACCUAAUAAAGAUGUUGUUGCAAAAUCUGCACAAAAUACAAACACCCCAAGUACAUCAACUUUGACAGUAACUCCAAUAGCAAGUAGUGCACCUGUACCAGCUGUUGUCACACAAUCAGCAGCUGAAGAAUCCGAAAAUACAAGUGAAUCAAGCCUAGAAACAACGAAAAAGAAACGUAAAACUUCAGUUGGUGGCGUUAAAGUUAAAAGUCUUGUAGAGAAAUUUGAGGAAAAAAAUGUAAAGGAUGAAGCAGAUGUACCACUUUCUAAAAUUAAAGCAGCGGUUGCAGCUUCCCGCAGUGAUGAGAAGGAAAAAGAGACUAAGGAGAUAGUAAAAGAGGUACCAAGUACUAGUACACCAGCAAUUCGUGAACCAUCACCAACAGGCUCCGUCACAUCAAAUAAAAAGGAGAAAAUACCGCGUAAGCCACAAGUGCAAAAUGAGGAAAAACGUGGUAAACGAAAAAAGGAUGAAAUUAUAUAUGAACGAGUUGAAGCAGGCGAUUUUUAUGUUGAAAUUGGUGAUAAGCUUAAAGUUUACUAUACAGAGAAAAAAGAUAAAUCAACAUAUGAAGCUAAAGUGAUAGAAAUCGUUCUGCAGAAAGAUACACCAAUGUAUUUAGUACAUUACACCGGCUGGAAUACUAGGUAUGAUGAAUGGGUGCCACGUGAACGCAUAGCAGAAAAUAUAACAAAAGGAUAUAAACAGAAAGGGCGGCCUUCAGGUAAUGGUGGUAAUGCAAGUAUUCCAGAAAAAACUAAAGAAAAUCCACCAAAACCACCAACAGCAGCUUCAGUAGCUUUAGCAACUAGCCAUUCAAGCAUUUCAACCUCAAGUUUAAGUACUACUGUAACAAAAACACCAUCAACAGCGAAACGUGGUCGCGGGCGUAGUGAUUCUCUACCUCCACGAUCAACGACACCUUCUUCUGUAGCAUCUAACUCAAGUCGCACAAAGUCACCGGCUGCUUCCAGUGUUAAAAGACGCCCCACACGCGUUAUACCAAAUUCAGCACGUCGUACCUCAACGAAUGUUUCAGACGUUUCAAUUCCAAGUGAAUCUGAUACUGACUCUGAUGAGCCAGUUAAGCGUCCAACACGUAAUCUAAAGGAACAAUCACAUAAAAUGGCAAGUAAUAUGAGCAAUAUUAACAAAUCACCAAAUAAAGCUAAGCGUUCUGUUUCUGCUGCGAACAGUCAAACAGAAUCUGAGGAUGAUCAGAAUGAAGAAAAUGAGACUCAAUCUUCUAGUUUAAAAAUUAAUUCCAAUAAUUCAAGUAAUUCUAGUAAAAUGGGUCCAAAAGGUCGUGAUUACGAUUUGAAUGAAAUUCGUUCCGAGCUCAAAGGUUUUCAAGACUUAAAAUCUCCUUCUCCACCUUUGGCGGAGAACAUUGCAAACAAGGACAUCAGCUCAAAUACUUCUGAAAAUGAGUUAGAUGUGCAAUCCAACACUUCUGCUAAAGAUGCUUGUAAUGAAAUUAAAGACAUUGUAGCUGAAAUAGAAUCAAAAGUUGAACCAUUGUCAGAAACAGACUCUUGCGCUGAUGACGAUUCUCAGUCCUCUGAUAAAACGACAACUUUGGAAAAUAUGACAGAGAAAUUCCAACAAAAGAUAAAUGCAGACAAACAAAGAUCUCUAGAAAAACAAUCUCUAAAUAAAGGUGUAUCAAGCACGAGAGUUGUUGAAAAAAUAAUAAAGGAGUCGCUUGCUGAAAAACGACAAGAGAGUCUUAAAGCCAAACCUCAAGUAAAAGAUGAAAAAAUUAAGUUGGAGGAGGAGAUCGAUAAAUUUCUUACAGAGUCGGUACGUAAAAUAGAUGAAGACGAAGACGAUUGUAGUACAUCAAGUACACAGGUUAAUGAAACAAAGUCUAGCAUUUUAGCUCCAGCACGAUUUGGUAAUACUAGUGGUGGAAAAUAUACGUCAGUGAUUGUGGAAAAACCACUAAGCAGUAGCGUUGGCAAGAAAAAUGAAAGCGUCGUGACAAAGAAAAAUGAUACAAACAAAAAAGUAAUCGAUAAAGAAAUUAUAAAUAUUGAACCUCCAGCUGCAUGUUCCCCUUCCUCUUCGUCAUCUUCUUCAUCUGCAUUUUCAACAUCAUCAGUGUCAACUCGUUCUUUGCCAGAUAUGAGUAAAUUGGAUAUAAGUGGAUCUUCUUCAUCAGCUUCUUUGUACUCGAGUAUUAUAAGUCAAGAAGCGAAAUUUUCACAAAAUAUCAGCAAGCCUAUAUCGCCAGAUAUAUAUGAAUUUAAAGAUCCGGAGCCAUUUGAGUUUGAAAUACGUAAGUCACCUUUAGUACUAUCAAGUAGUAGUAUGAGUCUUAAUUCUACAGCAGCGUCUUCAAGCACAGCAAAUAGUUUGCAGUCGAGUUCUAGAAAGCAAACUCAAAAACAAAAUCAACAGGAUCAAUCAAUUCAAAAUCCUAUGUCUACACUGAUGAAUCGUAAGAAACGUGGAUCGCCUAUGAAAGAUUCGAAUGCUGAAAAGUCGAAACUGCAUAAAAUUGAAGAGAAAGCUUCAACGAUUGUAUCAGAUAGUAAAGGAAUUCAUAACACCUCUAUUCCUGCGAAUACUUCACAAACUGUAAGUAACGCUACGAAAACAUCACCAACGCAAAACAAAGCUGUUGCUAUAAUUAAUGCACCAUCGCAUGUAGCUUUGUUAGCUCCACCACCGCCAAAUGCUGGUAAUCAAAAAGUAGAACCAGCAACUCACACUCCCUUUGAUGUGCUUAGAAAAUCUCCCAGUUUCAAUCUCAAUAAAAAUACACUCAAUGAGGAGCUCGCUCAGACCUUGCAGGAAACUGCUCGUGCACUUACUGAUGCAUUGCCGCCACCUACUACUCCCGGAACUCCUGUCACAGAAACAACGCCAACAAAAAUUGAACCAUCAACUUCCGCAAGUGCUAAAAAUCAAAGCACAACAAAAGUCACUUCUCCAAAGUUUGUUACACCUCCUAAACAGGGCACUAAUACAAAGCCUGUUGUAGGCAGUCCAUUCUUAGAGACACGUAAAGAUAUUAUAAGUAAUGUUUUUGAAACGUCUUUAAGUGUUGCUUCAAGUUCUAAUACGGAAUCAAAGGACAAUAAAUUCGAUUUGAAAAAUGCAAAAAUUUUGCUUUCUGCAUCGGCUGGGGCGUUCGACUUGCAGCCCCCUAAUUUCGAAAAUAAACCGACCUCAAUUGCUGAUAAAGUAUUAAAAGCUAUAAGUCAAAAGAAAGAGGAAGUAGAAAGCAAAAAUAAAGAAACUAAAGAAGAUUGUGAUAAAGAUAAAAUCACUGAACCAUGUACUUCUAAGGAGACAGAAGCAGCUAAGCAAAAAUUAGGUAUCAUAACGGUGUCUAUAUCAACAAAUAAUUCUAAUGAAGGUGUUUUAUCUGGUACAGAGUUUUUACUGCAGGAACCGUUAAAAAUAAAUACAGACUUGCCAACGACUUCAACUUCUUUAUUAAGUGGUGGCAAGGACUUUACUGGUCUAGAUAAGGUACUGCAAAGCCCAGUAUUAUGUAAGAAUACUACAUUAAUAAGUCCAGAACCUCGCUUAAGUAUGUUUGAAACAAUCGGCAAAAAGAACACAGAUUUAACUGAAACUAUACAAAAACUUGAAUGUGCAAUACAAAAGAAACAUAUUGUGUCUACCGUGACAAUCACACCAACAGCUCCGGUAACUGAUCACUUCUCAGAUGACUCAACAGAUAGUACUGAUUCUAGGCUUGUCAUUGAAGACGUCUCUGAGGAACCGGCAGAACUGCAAAAAAGUCCGAUUUCUGGACAUCCAACGGAUAGCAGAAGUGAUAUCGCAACACUCAAAAUUGAUGACUCGAAAAAAAUAUUAUCAAACAUUGUUGUUCCCGAGGUAACAAUCCAAGCAGCGACGCCUUUAAAAUUGAUUUCACCUGGUAAGCAAGUAAUUGUCACAAGCACAGUUACUGUACCUGCUAAUGCUGUUUCUACGAAUUUUGCAAGUAAAUUGCAAGCAGCUUCAACAGUUCUGUUUGAAACAAAACCAGCAAUUGAGUCAGCAACUACUUCUGUAAAAUCAGUGACUCAGGCACAGCCACAUAUUGUACAACAAGUGCAUAUAUUGCCAACUGUGCAGAUUGUCAAUAGUCACAAGCCAAACGCAGUAAAUAGCGAAACUAAUGUAAAAGAAGCUGAACAUUCUUUAAUAUCAACUACAGAUAACGCUUUCAAAGGUACAACACUUCAGUCCCAAACUCAACGCGCUGCUACAGUUGUUCCAAUUGUCCUACCCGAUAUACCAGUUUCAGUUGUGGUUGCAUCAAGUGCAGUACCUUCAGUUGUGGCCGCUGCACAAGCCGCAGCAGCUGCUGCAGUUAAAAAUAAUACACAAAAGCAAACUAUAAUGUCUGGUGGUAUAAAUGUACCAUCUUCAUCUUCUGUGCCAACAGUAACAUCCGUAUCCAGUUCAACUUUUGCAGCAAAUUCCGCAUCACUUAAGACCUUUGAAACUGCUGCAGCAGUACGGAAUGUUUCUGUUUUGAAAACAAUGCCACUUAGUAUACCACCAGUUUCACAACAAAACAAUACCUUUGUGCCAUCGAAUACAGUCACAGGAUCUGGAUUUUAUUUGGAUGCCCGAACUGAGCUACGACCAGACGAUGGCUUAAAGUUGAUUGUGGAUAAUAUGAGUUUAGAAAAGGGCGGUCAUUUAAUCGAAUUGCGCGGAGACGAUUAUGCAGCCAGUACUUCAGCAAGCAUAACAGCUGAUGCACAAAAUGAAGCAAUUAAUUUACUUUGCGAAGAAACAAUACCUGGUAGUCCCGUACCCUCAUUCGGUGGUAAAGAUGAACCAAUACCAACAACACAAGUAUCCAUAGUACAAACAAUUGCACCAAACAAUAAAAUGGAUUACAACAUCAUUGCUGAUAUGCCGAGUACUUCGGGAGCACAAAAUAUCCAGGCAACUGGAAGCGUCAUUUUAGUUUCAACAUCAAGCAGUACACCAGAUUCCGUAAGUCAAGAUGACAGCAGCGAAGAUUUGAAAAAGAAUGCAGAAAUUGAUGAGGUGUCCCCACGUAAGCGUCGUCGCACAAGACAGCAGUCCGAAAUUUCGGCUGUUAGUGAAGUACACCAAAAGCGACGAAAAUAUACAACCAGCAAGAGAACAGCAGCGGGCUCUGAUAGUGAUGACAACUCAGAUAAUGUGUCAAAUAGUAGGCAACAAAUACAUCAUCAAGCACAAUUGCCACCAAUACAAGCACAAAAUUCAUCAAAAUCAUUCCCCUAUAAUUUCCUUGUUGAACUUGUAAUUCCAGACUCAUCUUUAAGUUCGGAACAAAGUAUCGGAAUUAUACAAAAACAGAUCUCCGAUUUGCGUAAAAGAUAUCUCAUUGAAAAAAGUAAUCUUGCUAGCAUCGAUCGUCGACGAAAGAAACUCAGACGCCGCGAGAGAGAGAAGAAACAACUACAGAACCAACAGGUCAAAAUUCAAUCUUAGGCUCGUAUGCUUGCAAUUGUAAAUGUUAGCUUUAAAUAAAAAUUAAUUUUAUUUAGUUAUAAAAAUUAACCAAAAUGAUUGGUCAUAAUUUCACAUUACAUUUAAAUGUAAUAAAUUAAAAUAUUUAUUAUCUUGACUAGUUGUAGAUU